AUGCUGUUAUCACCGCUCCUGUCCAAGGACAAUAUUGUCUUCGGGUUUGAGCUUCUCGUUCCCAGCGUCAUUGUGUAUGUCUUUGCCUGUGCCAUCUACAAUCGCUACUUCCAUCCGUUGAGGGACAUCCCCGGACCGUUCUGGGCCUCCAUCACAAGUCUCUGGUACUUUCGAGCCGUGCGAAAUGGCCGAGGUCAAGACUACCAACUGCCCAUCCACAAGAAAUAUGGCCCAAUGGUUCGGCUGGCCCCCAAUCAAGUUCAAAUCGCCGACGCCACGGCCAUCGAGACGAUAUACGGUCCCAAAUAUGAGUUCACCAAGGGCGACUUCUACAACAAUUUCUUGACCCACAUCUCCAAGCGCAAGGACACCUUCGCCGAACGGGACGAGGCAGCUCACACCUGGCGACGACGGACGGUGGCGCACCUGUACACCCAAGCCGCCGUUUUGGAAUACGAGCCCUGCGUCGACAGGGUCAUCGCUCUCUUCCGCAAGCAGAUGGACCACUUUGCCGACACGGGAGAAGUCUUUGACGUAUCGGUGUGGAUCCGCAAGUAUACCUUUGACAUUAUCGGCGAGAUCUUCUACGGGCGCGAAGGUGGCUUUGGUUUCAUCCGAGACAACAUUGACUACAACAACUGGUGCCACCUGAUGGACGUGAUGCCGAACCCGGCCGCAGCACUGAACAAUCUCCCGUGGGGAUUCCGGAACCUGUACUUCCUGUCCCAGAUGAUCUAUCCCGCGACGCGAGCGGGCGCCAAGGGCUUCUUCACCGUGAUCGACCAGUCCCACGCGGCGGUGAAGCAGCGGCUGGACGACAUGGCGGCGGGGCGACCCUACAACCGCAACGACGUGCUCAGCAAGCUAAUCGACAUCGCCCACGACCCCAAGAACGACUUCGGCAUCCUCGACGUCACCACCGAGAUCUGGGCCAUGAUCUGGGCCGGCUCCGACACCACGUACAUCGCCUUGACCUCGAUCUUCUACUACCUGCACAAGAACCCGGCGACGCUGGCCAAGCUGCGCGCCGAGGUCGAGGAGGCCUUCGCCAAUGGCACCCUGAAGUACCCCGUGCGCUACAACGACGCCAUCAAGCUGCCGUACCUGCACGCCGUGGUGCGCGAGGCCAUGCGCAUGCACGGGUCGCUGGGCACGGGCCUGCCGCGAGUGGUGCCGUACCCGGGCGUGGAGAUCUGCGGACGCUUCUUCCCGGGGGGCACGACGGUGCUGAUGAACGCCAACGCCGUGCACUUCGACCAGGCCAUCUUCGGCGCCGACGCCGAGCAGUUCAUUCCGGAGCGCUGGUUCCGCGACGGCGACAAGCACGCCGCCCACAUGGAACGCCACAUGAUGCAUUUCGGCUACGGCAAGCGCAUCUGCAUCGGCAAGCACAUCACCACCACCGAGAUGUACAAGCUGCUGCCGACCAUGCUGCGGGACUUUGAGUUCGACCUCCAGAUGCCCGGCGGCAAGGAGUGGUCCGUCUGGCAGGGCUGGUUCCAUCAGCAGCGCGACGUCAUGGUCACCGUCCGGAGAAGGGACAGAGAUCGGGUGUGA